UUCCCCACAUUACAAAGACGAGAGGGAGAGAGAGAGAGAGAGAGAGAGAGAGAGAGGAAAGUAAAGAACUGGGAGGGGCUUUGGUGAAAAGCACGGACUCUCCGGACCUGUGUGGCAGAAGUGAUGGUCUCUCCGCAGGGCAAGUGAGUGACCAGACUCCUCAGCAGAGGCACGGACAGACGAGCCACAGCGUGACUCCUGGGAAAGCGCUCAUCUGUCAAACCGCCCCGCGCUCAGCGCCGCCGCUCGCAUCAUCACCGUUAUCUUUAUUUAUUUACUUCAUAUCACCGGACUUUCUCGGUCUGUGGCUUUUUUGGGAAACCGCGGUUGAAGCCCUCUGAGGACACUGGCUACUGCGAGGCUGGAGGGAGUGGUUUUGGAUCCUGCUGCUGCUUCUGUGUGUGUGUGAGACCAGGACGACGGGACGCUGAAGAGCCUGACACCUGACCUCUCCUGACAGCCAGCCAGGACAGAGAGCCCGAGAGAGAGAGAGACACAGACAGAGCGCGCUCCGGAACGCCGCGGAUCAACGGCUCCCAAAAUGAGAGUUCUCUCGCGCUCGGUCCGCCCGACCGGCGAGUGAUUUAAGGGAGGUUUAGCGGAGAGCCGAAGAGGGGGAGCACACGACACUGUCCGACAGCACAACCCCAUCGGGGCCACUCCCUACAGACAGGCCCACCCAGUCCCCCUCACCCAUAUCGCCAUGGCAACCUCCAUGUCAGCUCUGCUCCUCCUGGUCCUGGUCUCUGGGGCGACGCUGUCGGUCUCCAGGGCAACGGACAGGGAGGAGGACACGUUUUCCGAAGGGGACUUCCUGUACGGCGGGCGGGAGAGGCGGGCGGCUGACCCACCCCAGGCCGAGAAGUGCUCCUACACCUUCAUCGUCCCGCAGAGGAAGGUGACGGGCGCCAUAUGCGUCAACUCCAAGGAACCCGACGCCAUCCUGGAGAACCGGGUCAGCAAGCAGGAGCUGGAGCUUCUGAACGGGGAGCUCCUGAAGCAGAAGCGGCAGAUCGAGACGCUCCAGCAGCUGGUGGAGGUGGACGGGGGCGUGGUCAACGAGGUCAAGCUCCUGCGCAAGGAGAGCCGCAACAUGAACUCGCGCGUGACGCAGCUCUACAUGCAGCUGCUGCACGAGAUCAUCCGCAAGCGGGACAACGCGCUGGAGCUGUCGCAGCUGGAGAGCCGCAUCCUCAACCACACCGCCGAGAUGCUGCAGCUCACCAACCGCUACAAGGACCUGGAGCACAAGUACCAGCACCUGGCCGCGCUGGCGGGGAACCAGACCACCGUCAUCGCCCAGCUGGAGGAGCACUGCCUGAGGAUGCCCGUCCGGCCCGCCCGGCCCGCCCGGCCCGCCCCCCAGCCGGCCCUGCCCGUCCCGGUCCUGCCCGUCCCGGUCCUGCCCGUCCCGGUCCCGCCCGUCCCGGCCAGGCCCUACCAGCCGCCCACCCUCCCCCGCCUCACCAACCAGAUCACCAACGAGAUCCAGAGCGACCAGAACCACAAGGCCCUGCCGCCGCCUCCGCUUCCCACAAUGCCCAGCGGCACGCACAGCCCCUCCACCACAGACAAGCCCUCUGGCCCCUUUAAGGACUGCCUGGAGGCGCUGGAGGAGGGCCACGGGAACAGCGGGAUGUACCUGGUGAAGCCGGAGAACACCAACCGGCUCAUGCAGGUGUGGUGCGACCAGCGCCACGACCCCGGCGGCUGGACCGUCAUCCAGAGGCGGCAGGACGGCUCCGUCAACUUCUUCCGCAACUGGGAGACGUAUAAGCAAGGGUUUGGGAACAUCGAUGGUGAGUACUGGCUUGGGCUGGAGAACUUGUACUGGCUGACCAAUCAGGGGACGUACAAGUUGCUGGUGACGAUGGAGGAUUGGUCAGGGCGCAAGGUGUUUGCCGAGUACGCCAGCUUCCGGCUGGAGUCAGAGGCCGAGUUUUACAAGCUUCGAGUGGGCCGUUACCAUGGCAAUGCCGGUGACUCUCUCACCUGGCACAACGGCAAGCAGUUCACCACACUGGACCGGGACCACGACAUGUACACAGGUAACUGCGCUCACUACCAGAAGGGAGGCUGGUGGUACAACUCCUGCGCCCACUCCAACCUGAACGGGGUGUGGUACCGCGGGGGGCACUACCGCAGCCGCUACCAGGACGGGGUGUACUGGGCGGAGUUCAGGGGCGGGGCCUACUCCCUGAAGAAAGUCAUCAUGAUGAUCCGGCCCAACUCCAACACCUUCCACUGACCCCCAAGGACAAGGACAUGCAAACACACACACAGCACCACCUGCACAGUGACGUUCACCCGCUUUCACUGUCUGAUUCCAACAGAGACAAAAUUCCAUUCAUCCACGUGAGCUCUGUUCUGCUCCAGUGUGUGUGUGUGUGUGUGCGUGUGCGUGUGUGCGUGUGUGUGUGUAUGUAUGUGUGUGUGUGCGUGCCUGUGCAUGUGUGUAUGCGUGUGUAUGUGCGUGCAUGCACGUAUGUGCAUGCAUGUUGAUUUUGGGCAGCAUUGAUAAAUACCCAGCUGAUUUCCUGGUGUAAAGUGCAAAGGCGAUCGCUUUGCUGGGAGACGUUUGGGAUUGAUCCCGGCGUUCCGGGCCUUUAGAAGUCCUCCCUGGUGGAUUCCCAGCGUGUUGCUCUAAGAUGAGGAUUCCCAGGAGGGAGGGGCUAUGCAAUGUCUUUAAAAGAGAGGUCUCCUUGGAUCCGCCCCGCCCAACCCUGAAGGAUCUGAGCACCAUCGCCGCAGAGGGACAUUGUGUAUUUUGCUUGUCUUCUCCAUUGGAUCCUGGCAAGCGAGGCGGGAACAACGGCUGACUACCAAUGAGGUGAAAAAAGCACCUGAUCAUGGUCCUAAUGAGGUGCUUCAUUUCACUUCAACAAAAGCCAGCAAAAAAGAGAGGAUUACUGCGCUUUCAAAUCUGCAGGGCAAUAGCAUCCCUCUAGUGCUCACAGCACCAAGGACACCAGAGAGAAAACUCAUGCAGGGGACACUUCAGUCCCCUGCGAAAGAGACUCCUUUCACACCGCCAGAGAGAGCUGGGGAAAACCUACGCAGUGCGCGCAACACACUGGGUGUGUAACGCACUGUGUGUGUAAAGCUCUUCGAGUUUAACGCUCUGUGCCUAAUGCUCUCUGUGAUCAGAAACACUUGAAAAGGUGAGGGGGGGAAAUUGGGGAAUGUACGGUCUGAAAAUGUCCAAAAACAUCACAGCGCAUGGCACGCGUUAGGCAGCUUUGGCUGCCUACCCAACGUUUCAUACUCCUGGCACGCAUGACAAAUAAUCACAAAUGAUACAAAAUGAUACAGGAGAGUGCAGCUACUUCCAGUGGUAUAACAGUUUAUAAUCUAUCAACAGGGAAAUGCGUCCAAGAGUGUGAGAGUCAGAAAAAUACCCAUUCACAGAAAUCAAAAUUUAAAAAAUGAACGCAAUAGAAAAGACUACAGUGGCAAACUGACUGAACGUGAAGUGGCCAACUGACCUGGGUCAAAUCAUUUUUUUAAAAGUAUUCAUUAAGAAUAAUGAAUAGCUUGUGAUACUUCAGAGAUCACAAUAGUGGCUGGAAUGAAAACUACAGGGGUUCCUCAGGUUCCCCUAGGAACCCCUAAACCCCCCUUCAGAUUCCAACAUUUCACACAUGAUCCAUUCUGCCCAGCUGCUUCAGACACCAGUAAAAUUACCUGAAGAUUACUAAAGAAAUUUCAUUUCACGUUUCAACAUUUUCACUACUAUCCAGAACACAAGUGUACAUUUUCAGCCAGCAGAGUGUUUCAUUGAGAAUUCUCAGGGACCUGCAGGAUUGUAUUCAGAUUUUUAAUUUUACCAGCACCUGUUAAAGAGUUAAAGCAUUUGAAAUAUGACAGGUCAC